AUGGCUGCUAGCCCAGACUGUCUUGCUGAUGACAGCAACUGGGAGGAGGUACGGUUUAUCAACAGCUACAGUGUGUUCAUGGGCUAUCUGUCCAUGGCCAUCAAGGGCUUGGGUUUCUUGGUUCUUACUUGGACCACCGUUGUACUUCUCGGUGGCUUCGUCUCCAUGCUGGAUAACAAGGACUUUUGGUGCCUGACCUUCAUCACCCUUGUACAGACAGCUGGGAUUUUUGAUGUUAAUCUAAAUGAAAAAUUAGGCUAUAUGAAGAAUGCAUUCUCAGGGUUCAUCAUGGCAAUUUUCUGGGGCGUGGUAGGCGAAGAGCCAAGCUGGGAAACAAUAUUUGCUUUUCUUUGUCGCAGUUUGUUGGCAUGCAUUUUAAUGUUGGUUCAAGUAGUGGUGUUGGCCAUGAUAUUGGGCCCUCUCGCAAUUAUAUAUGUGCUUGGGAUAUUCAUGUCCGGAGUGAUCUCGUUGUGUCGUCUGGUAGAGCAUGAUUAUGGGGGCAACUCGGAUGGAGAAACAUCAAACCUAGCGCCAGCGAUGAACACCUUGUACUACCUUGCUCUGCUCCAAGGUGUGCUCUUCUGCUACAGGUUCAUGUUGGGUCGUGUGGGGAAGAGAUUGUCCUGGGUUGCGGCCACUGGAGAGGAAGUUCAAGCAGUUCUUUACAACUACUUGCACGAAACAAGGAGUGGAUGUGAGAAGGACCCGGCAUUUGCAAAAGGAAGGAACCUCACCACAUAUGCCGUAGACAAAAUUAGUUCUAAUUCACCGGUUGACUGCAUUUCCGGUGUGAAGAUCUUGUAUGCAGCCAUAAGUGUAGUGGACAGCACAUGUAACCCACGCAAAAUAACUGGGCAACGCAUGCUGAUGGAGCAUCUGUUCUUGUGUGCAUCAUCAUCUCGGUGCGCACUACAGAAACUGCUAGAGACAUUGGGUUCAAGAUAUGACACAGAGAGGAGACACCAAGCGGCGACAAUAGUGGACCGAAUUGCACUCUUCAUUAAUUUGGAGCAAUUUCCUUGUGGUAUUCAACACAUAUCCUCCCUGAUCGGGACAUUUAAACAAUAUAAUUCACCAGCCGGCGAACUUGGGAAGGACUACCAGAAGUUGUUGCUACAAGGCUUGUCUAUCCUCCAGAAUCUGGCUACUGACGAAAACAACUGCAGAGUCAUGAGCGACACUCGAGAUCUGGUCUCCAAAAUCAUGGCGCCUGUAACUUCCGACCUACUUGACCACACCGGUGAUGAUCAUGGUACGUGGUACAAAGUAGUAAGUGAAUCAAUGGAAUUGAUGAACCAAUUAACUCUUGCUCAAGGAGAAACGGGCACCAAAUUACGUCGUGAAAUCUCAAACUGCGCAGGAGCAAUAGGCACUCUCUGGAGGAUUAUUAGCUGUAAAAGGUGUAAAGAAUGGUUGCAGGGAAGAGCCAUUUGGAUUCUCACACGACUGUACAUUGAUAAUAUUGGAAUCAGCAGAUCAAGUGAUUCUGAGCUUCUCGAAAAGGAAAACAGUUGUGGCGGAGAAGAUUUUGUUAGGAUGCUAGUGAACAUCUUCACUCACCAUAACGAGUAUAGCAGCUUUGUCAGAGAAUGUGCAGGAGAAGCACUAUCGAAGAUAUGUUUCCUUGGCAGAAUUAGUGAUGCCACAAUUAUCAUACAAACAAGAGAUGAUGUUGUCGAUAAGCAGCAGCAGCAGAAAUACUGA